UACUAGUGACAUCUAUAUUGAGCAGCAAAGAUCCUCUUCACAUUUUCUGCAAUCUUUUGUAGUAAAGUCAAACUUGUCAGAUAAGGUUAGGUUAUUCCCAAAUGACAGCUUACUUGCGGGGAAUGAACAAGUAGAGAGGGAUAUCAACAAUACACGAUUAUUAAUGUCGUGUAUUACCUAUUGUACCUCGAAUCGACAAAUUUUUUAUUUUCAUAUGAAAUAAAAACAAUUAACUUUUGUAUUCUUUAUAGGAAAAAAUGUUGUUAACAUUAAAACCAGAUCAUAAAAAACAUGUACUGCUACUUGUAGAACAUACAUCUCAAGUUUUACAGGAUUUCUGCAAAUUGGCCAUUGAUUACUUGCAGAAAGGGCCAAAUGUUAAAUUGUAUAAUGCAGCUGCUCAGAAACUUGAGGUGGAGGCAAAUGUAAUUAAGAAUUCAGUAGAAGGACUUGUUAAUUUGUUAUUAGAGAGCUGUAAAUAUAAGUUAAGUGCAGAAGACUUUAGAGAUUCUGUAAUAUCUUUAGGUUUUUCAGAGGAACAAGAAGUGAUAUUGAGUAAGUUGUACAGUGUUAAAAAGGAUGAAAUAUUGGAUACACUUACAAAUAUUGGAUUUAAGUUACCAGAAUACCAUGAUAUGGAAUGGAGAUUUGAAGUUCAGAUUGCAUCAAGAUCACUAUUGAAACAAGUUGCUCCUCUUGUUACAUUAGAUUUCUCAGUAAAAAAUCCAGGCAAAGAUGAGAGCAUUGAACAUGUAUUACUUCAAACUGACCCUAUUAAUUUAUUACAUAUAACACAGGAAUUAGAAGAGGCUCUUCAAGAAGGCCGCAGUCAACACAUUCGUAGACUUUCAAGAGUAAUAAAAUGAUAAUACUAUUGUAUAAUUAUGUUUUAUGUAAUAAAUUAUAUACAAUCUCAAGAAAUACAUCUAAACUUGAAUAUAAAAGCAUAUGUAAAGUUUCA